CGACGAUGUCGAGAAAUUCAGGGUUGGGUUAGGUCAGGUUAGGUUAAUUCUAAGAAAUCCGCACGUUCUCAAGACAGAUUUUUCAGAGCUCGCGUUAGAUUCUGAGUUGAUUUUGAUUUGUCAUAAAUAAUUGUAAGCAAUGAACGAAGAGGAAUUAAUACGAGAAAUUGUUGCUCUGAAGAAGACAUUACGCGAAAAGAAAGAUACGCUUAGACGCUUACAACGAGAUAAGCAUGUAGUUCAAGAAUGCGGUUUGACCAAUGAAGAAAUCAGCAGAUACAGUAGACAGAUUUUAGUGCCUGAAAUCGGGGUGAAAGGUCAAUUAAAGUUGAAGAAUUCGUCGGUGCUGAUCGUUGGGGCUGGAGGCUUGGGAUGUCCUGCAGCACUAUAUUUAGUUGGCGCCGGAAUUGGGCACAUUGGUAUCAUCGAUUAUGAUGAAGUGGAAAUAAACAAUCUUCACAGACAGCUAUUACAUUCCGAGGAUAGCAUCGGGGCUUCCAAAGUCGAGUCGGCUAUUGCAGCACUGACUCGGUUGAAUAGCAGCGUUAAUAUAACACCUUACAAGAUUCAGUUGGACAGCAGCAAUGCAUUGGAAGUAAUACAACAGUAUGACGUUAUUUUGGACGCUACCGAUAAUGUUGCUACCAGAUAUCUAUUGAACGAUGCUUGCGUGUUGGCUGGAAAACCACUGGUUUCAGGCUCUGCUUUGAAAUUUGAGGGACAAUUAACUGUCUACAACUAUCGAGGUCCCUGUUACAGAUGCCUUUUUCCAAUCCCUCCACCUCCUCAAACUGUGACUAACUGCGGAGACGGAGGUGUGCUGGGCGCAGCUGUAGGAACAAUAGGUGUUCUGCAAGCCUUAGAGGCAAUGAAGAUUAUUUUGGGAAUGUCUGGCGUGCUGGCUGGCAGAUUGCUACUGUUUGACGGAACAGAGGCAUUAUUUAGAAAUGUGAAAUUGAGACCGAAGAAUCCAAAUUGCCUAAUAUGUGGAGAUAAAUCUACAAUUGAUAAACUGAUUGAUUACGAAGAGUUUUGCCGCGCUAAAGCGAAUGAUAAAAAUCCAAGUUUAAAACUACUCGAGGAAUCUGAGCGACUCUCUGUUGAAGAAUAUCGUAAGUUCACUGAUAGUAGUGGAACAGCUCAUGUAUUGCUUGAUGUUCGAUCUCACGAAGAAUUUGAAAUAUGCAAAUUGCCCAAUUCUAUUAAUGUUCCGUUCACCCAAAUUUCUAAACCUGACGGCCAUGAACUUGUGGAACAGGUUAUUAGAAAUAUGAGAAACGGGGAUACUCCUAUAGAGGUAAUUGUGAUAUGCAGACGUGGUAAUGAUUCCCAAAAGACGGUUAAAAUGCUCAAAGAAUUGAUCCAAGACAAAGCUGUGAAAAUAAGAGACGUAAUCGGUGGUAUUCACGCAUGGGCAAACAACAUCGACCCGACAUUCCCAAUCUAUUGAUGUUCAAUAUCGUUAAUAAACAAUCUUUAAUUUC